UCACUACUCUGUUACUACUGCAAGAGAAGUUGGAGGUGUGCUGGCCAAGUGUUCUCGUGGGAAGAAGGAAGGGACGAGGGGGACUGGGAGCUAGGCGGAAAACGAAAACCUUUCGACGCCCUUUUGCAUCUGGCAAGGAGGUUGUUCGUGUCGUCGAUGGUUGUACACGCUGGCAGUAGACUGUCUAGGAGAAACGAGUUACUGCUACUGUAGCUCGCCCGAGAAGGAUAGGCAGCGGCGGCGGCGGCGGCGGCGGCGGCGGCGGCGCGGCGGUGGUGGUGGCACACCCCAACGAGACGCCCAGGAACGGGGAAGGCGGCGUCCGCUCUCUUUUCUCAUCCGUUACAAGUUUCGAAGACGUUGCGCCACUCGCGAAGAAAAAGCCACCCGGUUCUCGCGGUGCAAGAGGAGGUAGGCGGCGGCGGGCGAGAAACAGUAGACACACACUAGUUAAAGCAGCCAUGGACGUGGACAGCCCGUCACCCUCGCCAUCCCGCUUGUCUCCGACGAGGCACAGCCGCGCCACCGGAUUCCCGGCCUUCGUCGACCACACCGGCGGCGGCGGCGGCGGCGGCGGCGGGACGAAGACGAGCUCCGCGGCGUCAGCCCCCGGCAACGGCGGCAACGGCAGCAGCAUCAGCCGGCGGCAGCAGCAGCAGCAGCCACAGCAGUGGCCGUCGUCGUUGUCGACAUCCUCGCCGGUGUCUUCCUCGCUGUCCCGGCGGUCACCUUCCCCGGACGCGUCUUCCACCGCCUCGAGCUACUUCUCCGUAACCGGCGGCGGAGGCGGGUCGGCAAUUUUCUCGAACAACGAUGGCGAUGGAUUAGCUGCAGCAGCAGCAGCGCAGCAGCAGCAGCAGCAGCAGCAGCAGGGGGUCAAGAAGACCUUCUCCGGCGUCUGCCCCACCUGCGGCACCAUGUUCGAGCGACUCUCCGCGCACCUCGCUAGGAACAAUGUGUGCGGGAGCACCCCUGCCGGGCGCGCCCAGCUCGAUGCCUUCGCGGCCUUGAGGAAACGCUCGACUGCGGCGGGCAGACCCGCUGUUGCACGCGGCGACUUCCCGCCGGUCGGGGGGAUAGCCGCCGCGGUGGUGGGGUCCCGGCGGCCGAAAGCCGGGGGGGUGAGGGAUUCGGGCGCAAAGGAAGGACCGGCAGGGAGCGAGGGUAAGGGCUCCCGGAGGACGAGCGAGAGCCUGUGGCCGUGUCCGGUCUGCACGAAGUCCUUCCGAAGGAUUUCGACACACGUCCAGAUGAGCGACUGCAAGAUCGUGCUGCAGUGGGAGGCUGGCGCGACCAUGGAGUGCCGCAACUGCGGGGAGGUCGUGGACGUAGUCCCAGACGUCCUCCAGCAGCACUCCAAGCGCUGCCGCCCCCGAGACAAAAGCACCGACGAUGAAGCCGCCGCCGUCGCCGCCGCCGCCGCCGCCGCCUCCGCCGCCGCCACCGCCGCCGCCGCUGCCGCCGCCGCCGGAGAUUCUGCCGUAACGCCCUCCGAAUCGUCAUCAACGUCGCCGCCGCCGCUUCUGCCCGCACAGGCGCCGACUCUCGGGGGCGCCGUGCCUUCUUCUUCCCAGCAGCUGACGCGGUCGGCGUCGCUGACGUCUUCCACCGCUAGCGGGCCGGCGGCGGCAGCGCCGCCCAAAGGCGGCGCCGGGGGCGGCGCCACCGCGAGAUCGAGGGUCGGCGGGGGCAGCAGCAACGGCACCGGCAAACGCCGCGGGUUUCCCCAGAACGGCGGCGGGGGGCGAGCUUCCCCUUCCACGAGCGAAGGCGGCGCCGGCGGCGGAGAGAGCGGCCCCCCGAGGCUCAAGCGACGAGUCAGCACCGCCAGUGCCGCUAGCAGCGGCAGCGGGCAGAGCGGGGUCAUGCGGCGCGGAUCGACGACCUCGUCAACCUCAAAUCUCCUCGACCAUCGUCGACAGCCACUGCCGUUGGUAGACGCCAACAGCGGGGGGGGAUCGUUUAUCGCCGGGCGCGCGCUGGGCUCCGAUGAUUCGGACUCCGACCCGGAGGGUCCUGAUGGGGGGUUAGGGAGGGCCGGCAGCUGGUGCGGGGCAGGAGGUCUUCCCGCCGGCGGCGGCGGCAUCAUCGGGGCAAUGCGGCGACCCCUUCCCCCCAAGAAGCGCUGGGAGACGGCUUUCGAGGCCUGGGCGGGGGGCGGCGAGAAGAACAAGGGGUGUGUGGCUCUUCCACAGCCUGCGGCGGUGGCGGCGGCGGAAGCCGCUAAGGAGGUUGAGGACAGGUACCCGUGCUUGGCGGGUCGAGCCGAGGAGAGCGCCCUCGUGACGGUGCGGGAGGUGCGGAGGGCGGAGGCGUUGCUGGAGGGCGGCGCCGGGACGGCCGCCGGGGAGCAGCAGCAGCAGCACCGGAGGCAGGCCGUGGUGGUUUGCAGGCUGGUGGUGGAGGGCGGGAUCGAGGUGACGGAUGAUCGAGCACCCGGGGUCGCGAACGCCUGGGCAGGGUUUCCGGUGGCGGCGGCGGUGGUAGCGGGAGGGGUGGCUGACUCGGCCGGGGUGGGGGCUGGCGCCAGCAUUUUAAAGGUGGAAGAGUCAUCCAUGCGCGGAAGGUCGGCCGCUGAGGUCACGAAAGCGAUGUUCGCCGCCCUCCUCAAGAGGACAGGCAAGCACGCCAAGUCCGCGGCGACGGUGAGGCUGGUCAUCGUCACGCCACCGUGGUUGGCGUCGGCACCACCGCCAGGCGGAGGCGUCGACAAUAAGGCCGGGGCCUCUGCUCCCGCGAGCUCGUACGACGGGGUGGGGGGUAUGGCGUGCUUGGGCCGGGAGGGGCACGAAGGCCGGGAGUUCGUAGAGCUGUGCUGGUCGGUGUUCAUGGCCUCCGGAGGAGGCGUGCUUCCCCCAACCGACCGUGAUUCGCCCGCGUCUCGAGCGGGAGAGCGUCCGGCUGAGCAGGACGCGGAGGUGGCCCGGCGGCUGGGUUUCGACGUGGAGAGGCGGGAGCUGUCACAGUGGAUGGAGUGCAUCGAGGUGUCGUCCAUCACGCCAGACGGCGUGGCAGCUAGGCACGGCCUGCAGCCGAAGGACCUCUUGCUUGCGGUGGAUGGGAACCACCUUUUAUCAACAACCGAGGCCAGUUUUUGGCUCGAGGUCGGGCGGACCCUUCGAGCAUGCGACACCGCCUUCCAAACAAAGAAGGGCGGCAGCAAGGCCAGUACCACUGCCACCACCACCAACGACAACGACAACGACAACGACAACGACGGCCAAGACGCCUUCGAGAGGCUUUCAGCGGGCCACGACGAUGAUUCCGAUUGGCUGCGCUUCCUGGUGUUCCGAAAAUGCGCCGCCGCCGCAGCCCCGCCGCCGCCGCCGCCGCCGCCGCCGCCGCCGCCUCCGCCUCCGCCUCUUGCUAUAGCUGGGAGGGCCAAGCGGCCGGUGGGAAGGCCGAUGGGGUCGAUGGAGAGUAAGAAGGGGGUGUUAGCGGGGGGGGCGGGACGAGGCGUCACUGGGCAGAAGGAAGAGGUCAGCCGGGGGCUCCUACCGUGGCAGCUAUCACGAGAACUGCCGGAAGCGGCGGCGGCGGCGGCGGCGGGCGCGGAAGGAGCAGCAGCGGCUACGGCGGCAGGAGCAUCCGCGGGAGACAGCGCAAAGAGGGGAAAGCUUGACGAUCACGCUCAGCAGCAGCAGCAGCAGUACGAGAAAGCGCGGUUGGAGCGGGACGAGAAGCGGAAGAGGCUGGCGAUACGACGUCGGCCGGCGUGGUGGCAGCCGCAACAAAGGGGCUCCCACAGGGCGGUGCUCGUCCUACGGCCUGCGGACGCGUUGCCUGGAGCCACGCCAGGAGCGCCCGUCCCGACCGGCGCUUUCCUCCUCGAGGAUACUGUGCUCGGGGACAAGCUCACCAUCCCCGCGGGGGCGAAGCUGUUGUCGGUGGAUGGCACUCCUACGGGACACCUGGACUUCAAAACCGCGAGAGAGGUGGCGCUCACUGCCGGGGCUAAGUCCGUGCUAGCGUUCGAGUAGGUAGCAGCAACAAUUUCGUGAUAGCUUUUCGACGACUAGGCAGCAGCACCUUGCGCUGACGGGCGCCUGCGGUGGGCUGGAGCACUGGGACUACUGCUGCUGCUGUGAUAGUAUAGCGAUGAGGAUUGCUUUUGGAGAGUCGUAGAAGGUCAGCGAUGAGUACGUCUAAUAGUAGUUUUUUUUUUGUUAUUGUUAUCAGCUGAAUCCUUCAGCAGACACGAGCCACCGAGGAUGCACUAGUGUCUUUGAUUUUUUGUUUGGGAGUCGGACUUUUGGUGCACGGCCGACCCGCGAAAGCCAAAACAAGCCAGGGAAUAUGUACAAGUGACUUUGGUUUGGCUUGUCGUCAGACUUUUUGGUGCACUGCCGACGUGCGAAAGGAAAACCGUGGGCUCGACUGAUCGCCUUGUUUGGCGUUAAGAGUAUUUUUAGGCGGUCUUCUUCCUCGCGGCAGUGUGGGGGGCCAUGCAGAAAGUAGUGGUGAUUUGUUACCCCCCCCUCUAGGAACGAUUUGUCAUCGGUGGUGGGUCCUCCGUCGUCUAGAGGACGCGUGGUCGAUGGGCUAACACGGCAAAAAAAAACAUUAGAGAACGCGCACACACCCUCCCUCCGGAGAGCGUGAUGUAGUCGGCGGACCGCCAGUCCUACUUUUAUCUUGCUGCUAUUUUUUUUACGCGGUAGAUUGCUUCUCCAGGUUUUAUUUUUUUCGAGACGUAGAAGAAACUUGAGUUAUGUGAAAUGUCACCUCAGACUGUCGUAAAUUGUGACUUCAGCAGCGUGAGCCUGAGGCCCCGGUCUCAUAGUUCUUGGGUAGACGGAAUAGUUGUUUGGGAAUAUUCGGGAAUCGUCCUCGACAGACGUUUGUUGGAGAAGGUGUGGUCCUCUUGAACGACCAUCGUAUUAGAGCUUGUUCACGGUUUCCGUCUCGAGAGGGGAUAUCUUGGGGGUAAUGUUUCGAGUCCAAUUUCGCGCCGUCAUGCCCUUAAUUUCUCUUUGGGCGUUGUCUCGUCCAGUACGGAGCUGGUUUGUUUGUUGUUGCCACGUGUGGUUUGGAAUGCCUUGUUUGUGUGUGCGGAGAGAUACAUACCGGAUAGAAAAGCAAUGGCGUUCCUCUUUGUUGCCUCUUGGAAAGAUGGCCCGCGUGGUGUAAGUAUGGUGUGUCUCUUUUUGCAUUCGAAUCACCUGUUUUUGCCCAUGUGUCCAAAAGUUGUUUUUGCGCAAGUGUUGUGAUUGGAUUGACCCUUGGAGUAUAAGUAUUUUCAUGAGUGCCAUGGUAUUUGUUAUCUAAUAGUGUGUUCCAGUGGCCUGCUUUCGUUGUCCAACCAAUGGCUGUUGCGCCACGCGAGUUCACUGGGUGUCAUGAGUGAUACAAGUGGGUAUCUGGUGGCACGCGGUUGGCUGAUUAGCUCGAGAGGGUAAAUCCUUGUGUUCGCUUGGUUUGCUACUACGCGAAGCAGGACCGGCCUUAAUACGACGUACGUUUUGCCAGCCCACCGUGUUCGCUUUGAUUGCACGAGCACAAAACUCCCUGGCGUAAUUUGUUUGACACCUAUUCUUACAUUGAGUGAAUGCGUUUCUCUUCUUGUAGUUACAUGUAGAGGGUUUCACCAGCAUUUGUUCCCUCGGUAAAGCACCAGACAGACGACGGACAUCGCACUCGCGCAGAUACAUCGGGCGCAGAUAGACUUUAAAAUGCCUCUCGGUCGAUUCGUGACAUAAGAGUCAAAUCAAGUGGAGUUGGCGAUGUUUUCGGUGGU